AUGUUUCAUUCAACUGAUUCAAAUACAUUCAAUACUAGACAAUGGCAAAACAAUACAGACUUGAUCUCAAAUUUUACUUGGGAAGACAAAGAACUUCGUUUAGAACCUUUACCUGAUCUACCUUUUGGCAUAAAUCAUGUUGAACACCAUCCAUCUGACAACAAGUCUGUCAGUACCGCAACAAGUACGACUACACGCGAAACAGAACAAGAAGAAGAACAGGAUGUAUGGAUGACAAGCAUACUACCACCCACCAUGUUCAAUACUCACUCAUGGGACACACACAAUACGCAUUUUCCUUCCUAUGCCCAAACACAACUCGCAAAAAGAAAGAUCGGGACGCCUUUUAUCUCUGAAGCACCUGUUAGUUUAUUUGAACCACUGGUAGAACGAUCGAAUACGACAGUCAUUCAUGAAACCGAUCUGGCCAAAAGUAUUGUACAAGCCAUGGUUGGGUUGCCUUCCAUGUAUUUUUGUUGGGAACAGGGUAAGCUAAAGCAACGAGUACCUCAUCUUCGCAUUCUAGGUGUCAGUAGUACAGCCAUUGAACCUGUCAUUGAGCAUAUUUUGUUGUUUGGUACUCGACUCAAGUCCAUUGAGCAUGUAGCGCAUCAACUUCAGUCCCAACCAAAGCAAUAUGGACUUACAGGAGUAGCCUUUGGUUGCUGCUUGGCUGAAUUACAUGUCUAUAUACAACAUGUCAUUGUCCAGACACUCUCUCAAGAGACAACGAUCCUCAAAGUCUAUCAAUACAUUGAGCAUCUGUCUAUGGUAUUAGAAAGACUAUGUACACUGUGUCAAAUACAAGGCCAAGGUUUCAAUUUACCUUUUGGUGCAGCCUUGCUGAAUCUGUUGUAUGAAGAAGCAAGUCAAUUCGAUUUAGCAUCCAAUGGAAGUUCUGCUUUAUAUCGUGAUAUCUGCUUAACCCUCCAAAGUUACACCAGUGUACCUUACUUAAACAUGUUGAGUUCAUGGUUACAUCUAAAUGGGUCUGAUUAUGAUCAACAAGACCCAUGGCAUGAAUUCUUUAUUUCAGUGAGAGAAGAUACCACAGAUAUUUUGAACAAAUACCAGGUUCAAGAGGACACUGUCUUGCCUUAUUUUAUUCAUCGGCAUUUUGCCUUGUAUCUACUUCGAUCUGGCAUUUCACUUUACUUGUUGAAAAUAUCCAGACCCAAUCACCCUAUUUUUCAGUUGGAUGAUUCUCUUUCUCUAAGACACAGAUUGAUUCCUUCUGAAAGCGAUAGGUAUAUGCUACAAUUAGACAAGAUAAAGAAGGCUAUUGAAAGGUACAAUGCAGGCAAAUCACCUUUAGAUAUGCCUAGACCACCUCAAGUGAUAGAUCAUGAUACCCUAAUGCAAGACACCAUCCCCACACUUCCUCUCCUGAAUGAACAUGAUGCAUUCUCCAAUGGUUUUUCAUCUACUCUUCAAGCCAUUCUUCAAUACCAUCAAGACAACCAGUCAUGCUUUAUACCCACUUUAGAAACCAUUACUUUACAGAGCUAUAUUCGGCCAUUACAGGCAUGGUGUCCAGUAUUAAAUGCAUCAUUCAUGUCUUGCUUUCUUGGUCAAUUCAAACUGGAAUCCCAUCUAUCUUGCCUGUAUCGUUAUUUCUUGCUGGGUGAUGGUACAUUCAUGAAUGGCCUCAAAUCUGUCUUCUUUUGCAGUCCAGACAAGAUAGAUAUAGAUAAAGAAAGUUGGCCACCCAAGACAUUUACACUCACUAUGGCAUUAAGAGAUGUGUUAUUAGAAGCAUCCUUGCAUCAGCAGGAUGACCUUGUUAGCUUUCAUUGCCAGACAUCUGAUGAUACAAACCCAAAUAGCAUUGAAGCAUUGGAUUUCUUAGACUUAGUCUAUGAAACACAAUAUCCAUUUGGUAUCGUCAUUACGCCCUCUAUUCUAUCCAAAUACAACCGCAUGUUCAGUUUCCUACUUCGACUUGUACGGGUACAGACAUUAACCAAACGAAUGUAUGAACCAUUAAGGCAUCUGGCUUGGUUCCGUACGAGUACGCGUGACAAGAUUUUCCGAUACCGAUUCCAGUUUGACCGGUUCAUCAGUGGCUUGUCGAGUUAUGUUCAUGAUUCAGUCAUACGAGGCACAUGGACACCCUUUAUGCAACAUGUUAAAGGUAUGCAGUCCAGCCAUCCUAGACAAGGGCGGGUGAUGGAUUAUGUCUCGGUCAUUAUGGAACCACAAGCAUUUAGAGAGUACCAUGAACAUGUAUUAGACUGUAUCUUGUUUCAGUGUUUUCUAAAGCAGAGUCAGACACGUAUUAUGCAAGUGCUGAUCUCUGUCUUACAGGAUAUCAUCUUGUUUGGUGUAAUUCUGGAUGACUAUAGAUCCACCACACUUGAACAUGAAGAUAAGCUUGAAAUGAAAUGUCGCAAAAUAUUUGAGCAGUUUCAAAAGAACAUGACUGUCUUUUUACAUGUCUUGACCUUACUUGAACAAAAAGGGUCUGGUAGACUCGGUAAUAUUCUGAACACAACACGCAAAAGUAUAUUCAAUGAACUCUAUAUCAAGCAUGAAGGCAGACAUGGCAUAGAUGUAUUUGUAAAAGAUUUGCUGAUACGUUUAAACUUUUAUGAACAAUAA